CACAGGUCUCUCCCCUCCCGUCUCGUUUCGAUUCUGUGUUGCGGCAUUUGGAGAGUGAAGAGAAGAGGCGAUGGCAUGGAGAGGAAACAUAUCGAAGUCUCUCAAAGAGCUCAGGAUCCUUCUCUGUCAAUCCUCUCCCGCUAGCGCUUCCACCAGGACUUUCGUGGAGAAGAAUUACAAAGAAUUGAAGUCUCUAAACCCAAAGUUUCCCUUCCUGAUCCGCGAAUGUAGCGGGAUCCAGCCUCAGAUGUGGGCUAGAUAUGAUAUGGGAGUGGAGAGGUGUGUGAACUUGGAUGGGAUGAGCGAGACACAGUUUCUCAAGUCUCUUGAAGACCUUGUGAAAGCUGGAGGAGCUACAAAAGCCUGAGGCUGUUUCUUUCUUUCUUUUUUUUUUUUUUUUUUUUUUUUAUGAUCUCGAAUAAGCUAAUUAACUGCAAACACUCAAUUUUACAUUUCCUGUCAUUCUAUUUACUUUGCAACUCUCUGGUGUCUUAUCGCCUUUCGAUUUGAA